AUGUUUAAUAUUCUCCUGAGCCUAAGCUUGCUGGGUGCUGCAGCAUCGUCACCCCUUCGAUUACGAGAUGAGACACGCUCCCCUUCAUUCUCCACCUCCAAAGGGUUCAACCUGAUAGUUGAUCUUGCCGACCCUUCCAAUGACUUUGCCACCCCCAUCCAAAGUUCCUUCGUGACGAGCAUUCACGUUGGAGCUGGGCUGGCACUAGUUGGCUUUUCGUCAGACAAAGGCCGUGUCUUUUACCAAAACGGGACGACGAGCGAAUAUGAGCAGGAUCAGGCGACCAUCAUCACCGAUGGCGGCACUCCGACUUUCCCAUCCGGGCUCAAGCUGACGCCUGAUGCCGAUCCUGAGGGUUUUACAACUGCACAUCUUGACGCUGGGCCUGGAACUCCUGGAGUUAUGCUCUCACGUGGGGCCGUUCCUGAGCUCCAACCGGUCCAGUUCUACGCUUGUGAGGAAAGCAUAUCAUAUUACGAAGGCAAAAGCUUCGUCAUCCUCCGUCAUGGUGUAGAAGAGGCUGCUGUCCCGUCUGAGUGUCGCAAAAUUCGUCUCCUACCGCAAUGUACGACACUUGCAGACCUGUCGCCAGAUGCCUUGGCAAGCCAUGAGUACGCACUGGACUCCCCGUGCUAUGAUGCUGUUUCGCAAAUCGAUUGGUCAACCUAA